AUGUCGACAGUAGAAAAGAUUCAAGCAAAUGCUCUUAACUUUAUUGGCGGGCCGAUUGAAGGCUAUAUAUUAGUUGCCAUUAUUGAAGCUACUGCCUUUAUUUAUAUGAUUUCCACAUCUCACCAGGCUAGUCGUGACGCGUAUGAUGCUCUUAAGACUUGCGUCCAAAUAAACCCAAAUUUUGUAGGUGAAAUGGUUCGGGAAGGAUUAACUAAUUGGGUACUUAACCUUGAAAAGAAUAUCAAAGAUUCUACAGCAAUUUUAGCUUCUGCAAUUGCACAUCCCGAUCCUGCCAUUAAUGCGUAUAGACUCUCAAAAGUGCUCACUGCCGUUACAACCUUUUCUGAGAAAGUUGACAGAUCGGAUGUAGAAAAAUCGCUUGUUGAACUAAUAAUUUUAUCUCAUCAUUCCGCAAUUGCGUCACCUACCGAUAAGUAUAAUUGGAUAACUUUAGUACAAAGAGCAAAAGUUGACCCCGGAAAGUUAGUUGAAAAGUAUUCUGGACGUAUCCUACAAUUAAUCCAAUCGGCGAUUGAAAAUAAUAGUGAAUCAAAAGAUUUUUAUCAAGCCGCCUUGUCAACGAUAUCAACUGUUACUUUUAUUUCACCUGAAAAAUUCGUACCAUUACUUAUUAUUCAAUGUCGUAAAUAUUUGGAUCCUUGUUUGUUUGAAAAAAUAGGUGAACAAGAGAUAGGAAUAUGGAAAACUGCAGAAGGGACCUUAUUCGUCGAUGUUGUUGAAAAUCGCAAUAAAAAAGAUUAUCAAACUGAAAAAUGGGAACGUGAAGUACGUGAAAAAAUAGCCCAAAAGAAAGGCAUAUCGACGCCUAAACUAACGAAGGAAGAGCAAGCUGCAGUAAGUGCCCAACUGGCAAAAGAAUCUGAAACGCGUAAAGCUGUUGAGAAUGUUCGUCUAAAAUUAAUAAGGGGGCUUGAUAUUGUGGGUGCAAUGGUAAAAGGAAACUCAGAAGCCGUCGAACAAUAUAUUGUAGAGUUAAUGAAAUUAUUGUAUAACGUUUUACAAAAAUGUGUCCCUUUGAUCGGAGAAAAAGCAGUUAAUACAUAUUUGGAUAUUAGUCUUUGUACAUCUGAAAAGAUUGAAAGCGUUCGCAUUCCAAUUGGCUUAGCGACUCUCCGUGUUAUGGAAGUCCAAGGAAUUCCGGAAAAAUGGCUUCAAGAAUCAUUAGAACUCCUUGUUUCACGUGUACUAUUCCGUCUUCGUAUCAUAACAGAGCGCUCACUGAUAACACCUUCGUCAUUUGCUUAUUGUUUCUCAUUAAUUCAUCAAGUUAUUAUGAACGGUGGAAUUGAUUUACAUAACGAAAAAACAAAUGAUUUGGAAACGUCAAUGGAACAAAUUGCAUUAGGAUUGGAUAUAAUUUCUUUCCAUACAGUUAUUGGAUCUUCACUGUUACUUCCACGGUCUGAAAUGAUUAAUACACUUUUACAUAUAAUUAAAGAAUAUCCUAAGUUUACAAAAGUUGCAAGGACUGCCAUGAUUAACUUAUGCGAGUCUAUUGGUGAAACAGCAGAACAAAAGGAAAUAAAUGUUCUGCUCACCGGAUUGCUUUCUCCAGAACCAUUUGUUCGUCAUGCUUGUUUACAAGCAUUAGAUAAUUUGGAUCUUACAGAUAUUGAUUUUUCGUGUGAACUAUGGAUAGCUUGUCAUGAGGAUGAGCAUAACGCAAAGUUGGCAAUAGCCUUAUGGGAAUCCAAUGGAAUGGACGUUGAACCGAGUUACAAUGUCGAAUUGUUGCCUUAUUUGAUUCAUGAAGAAAAAUAUGUCAGAGAGUGUGCUGCUAAAGCUAUUGGUAAUGCAUCAAAAUACUUCCCUGACUCGAUUGCAGACACGUUAUCACUAAUUUGUGAACAAUAUAAGGAAAAGGCAAAACCAGUUCAACCUGAGUAUGAUGAAUUUGGUAUUUUAAUACCUGAAUCUCUAAAUAAAAAAGACCCAUGGGAAGCUCGUGUAGGAUUAGCACUUUCACUUGGUACACUAGCACAAAAUUUAAGACCAACAGACUUGAAACCUUUAUUUGAAUUCUUGAUAAAUGAUGAGGCAAUAGGUGAUAUUCAUGCGCAAGUUCGGCAAAAAUUGUUGGAGGCAGGUUUGGCAGUUAUCGACUCUCAUGGUAGCAAGAACGUUGCUUUACUGAUGUCAGUGUUUGAAAACUAUUUGGAUAAACCUGCUACGCCAACAGAAACUCAUGAUCGUAUUCGUGAAUCUGUUGUUAUUUGGUUUGGUGCUUUGGCGAAGCAUUUAGAUCCUACAGAUUCAAGAAUUCCUGUGAUUAUUGAUAAAUUACUUGAUGCACUAAAAACUCCCUCCGAAGCCGUUCAAGUAGCUGUUGGUGAUUGUUUACCGCCUUUAAUCAAGUUUAUGAAAGAUAAAGCACCAGAUUUGAUUUCUGGUCUGCUUAAUAAGUUGUAUCAUUCUGAAAAGUAUGCAGAGAGAAGGGGUGCAGCGUAUGGUUUAGCUGGUAUCGUGAAAGGCACUGGUAUUUCAUCUUUGAAAGACUGUAGUAUAAUAACUGUGUUGAAGCAAGGUGUAGAUAAUAAAAAGGACUAUAAAUUUCGACAAGGUGCUCUCUUUGCAUUCGAAACAUUAUCACAAAGUCUGGGACGUCUUUUUGAACCCUAUGUUAUACAAAUAUUACCGCUGUUGUUAGUAUGCUUUGGUGACACUCACCCUGAUGUUAGAGAAGCAACGUCAGACACAGCUAGAGCUAUUAUGAGCAAACUAAGUGGCCAUUGUAUUAAACUUAUUUUACCAACGCUACUGGCAGGCUUAGAGGAUCGCCAGUGGAGAACAAAGAAGGGAUCGAUCGAAUUGCUGGGGUCAAUGGCUUUUUGUGCACCUAAACAACUAUCGAUUUCUCUUCCUACCAUAGUUCCCCGACUAACAACUGUACUUUCGGAUUCACAUAAGGAUGUUCAAUCAGCUGCAAAUGAAGCUUUAUUACAUUUUGGAGAGGUUAUUAGCAAUCCGGAAAUUCAAGCUCUCGUACCGAUUCUACUUCGUGGCUUAAGUGAUCCUGAUAAACAUACUAAUGCUGCAUUGAACUCAUUAUUAGAAACUGCUUUUGUUCAUUAUAUUGAUGCACCGUCAUUGGCAUUGGUAAGGGGUACUUUAUCAUUUUCGGAUUGUAUUCGAAAUGAUCGUAGUACUGAAGUUAAAAAAAAGUCUUCGCAAAUAGUUGGUAAUAUGGCAUCUUUAACCGAUAUUAAAGAUCUUGUCCCUUACUUGCCACGACUUUUACCAAGCCUUAAGGAAGUAUUAGUAGACCCUGUACCCGAAGCUCGUGCUACGGCAGCCAAAUCAUUAGGCACUAUGGUGGAAAAGCUCGGAGAAGACAAGUUUCCAAAUCUUGUAAAUGAAUUAGUUCAUACUCUUAAAUCAGAUACUAGUGGUGUUGACCGACAAGGUGCUGCGCAAGGACUUAGCGAAGUAUUAGCAGGAUUAGGCAUAAGCCGUCUUGAGGGACUUUUGUCUGAAAUUGUAAUUAACGCUACUAGUCCAAAGUCAUAUGUGCGUGAAGGAUUUAUUUCUUUACUCAUUUAUCUUCCGGCAACAUUUGGUCUAAGGUUUCAACCUUAUCUCGGUCGUAUUAUUCCUCCAAUUUUAUCUGGUUUAGCUGACGAAUCAGAAUAUGUACGGGAUGCUUCACUUAGAGCAGGUCGAAUGAUUAUUGCAAACUAUGCAACUAAAGCUGUAGACCUUUUCCUUCCUGAAUUAGAAAGAGGAUUAUUUGAUGACAAUUGGAGAAUUAGACAGAGUUCUGUGCAACUCAUGGGAGAUCUAUUGUAUCGCAUCACUGGUAUUAGUGGCAAAGUAACUGCUGAAGGAGAGGAAGAGGAAGAAACUGGAGGAACUGAAGCUAGUCGUAGGGUUUUAUUACAAGCUCUCGGAAAGGAAAGGCGUGAUCGAGUUUUGGCCGCUUUAUAUGUUGUUCGACAAGAUGGUAAUUUAUCUGUCUCAUCUUUACAUGUUUGGAAAUCUAUCGUUUCAAAUACGCCUCGAACUGUAAAGGAAAUACUACCAAUAAUGAUGGGCUUAAUUAUUAAAAACCUCGCAAGUCCUAGUUUUGAGAGACGUCAAGUAGCUGCACGCACUCUUGGAGAACUUGUUCGUAAACUUGGUGAAAGCGUUAUGUCAGAAAUCAUACCUAUUUUAGAGGAGGGCUUGGAGUCUCCCGAAUCAGAUAAGAGGCAGGGUGUUUGUAUUGGCUUAAGUGAAAUAAUGAGUACAGCUGGAAAGGUACAAGUUAUCGACUAUGUAGAUUCAAUUAUUCCAGCUGUUAGAAAGGCAUUGGUUGAUGAAUCUGGUGAAGUACGUGAGGCAGCAGCUCAAGCUUUCGACACACUUCAGCAACAUGUUGGUGAUAAAGCAAUCGAUGAAAUAUUGCCUACCCUUCUUAAUUCCCUCCAAUCUGGAGAAGAUUCUACUUAUGCGUUAGAAGCUUUGAAAGAAAUAAUGACAGUGCGUGCUAAUGUAGUUUUUCCGGUUCUCAUACCUAACCUCAUCACUGUGCCCAUUACUGCCUUCAAUGCUCGAGCUCUUGCAUCGUUAGUAACUGUUGCCGGUGCUGCUCUUAACAAAAGACUUUCGAAUAUUUUGACGGCACUCAUGGCGUCUUUGAGCAUGGAAACUGAUGAUUCUGUAAUUUCAGAGCUUCAAGAAACAGAGCGUGCACUGUUGCUUUCUAUUGAUAGUAUUGAAGGCCUUCAAAACUUGAUGAUAAUACUGUUUGAAGCAGUUAAGAGUGAUGAACCUGCAAGACGAGCUGGUGCCUGCGACAUUGUUGCAAUAUUUUGCAGUGAGACUAAGAUGGACUUUUCAAGAUACACGACAGAAUGGAUACGAGUUUUAGUAUCACUUUUAGAUGAUCAUCAACUAGAGGUAGUCAAGUCAGCAUGGAAUGCUCUAAAUGCUGUGACCAAAUCUGUAAAGAAAGACGAUCUGGAACAAUUGGUUAUGCCUCUUCGUCGUUCAGUGAAAGGUGUCGGGGUUCCUGGAGUUGACUUAACAGGAUUUUGCUUACCAAAAGGAAUAAGUCCCAUUCUUCCAAUAUUUUUACAUGGAUUGAUGUAUGGUACUGCUGAAAUUCGUGAACAGUCCGCUUUAGGAAUAGGAGAUCUUAUUCAACGAACGUCGGCUGAUGCUCUCCGGCCAUUUGUGACACAAAUAACGGGCCCACUUAUUCGUAUAAUCGGUGAUCGUUAUCCUCCUCAAGUGAAGGCAGCUAUAUUGCAGACAUUGAGCUUGUUACUUGAAAAGGUUUCUGCCCUCCUCAAACCUUUCCUCCCACAACUUCAACGUACUUUUGUCAAAUCUUUGACCGAUCCGACAAGUGCCCUUGUUCGAUCACGUGCCGCAAAAGCUCUUAGUAAUCUGAUUUCACUACAAACUCGUGUAGAUCCUUUGAUACUGGAAUUGGUUACCGGAAUAAAAACGAGUGAGCCUAGUGUGCGAGAAACUAUGCUGAAUGCUUUGGAAAGCGUUGUGAAUAAAGCAGGAGAUGGUAUGAGUGAAGCUUCAAAGAAGGGUGUCCUUGAAGUUAUUGCAAAUGGGUUAAAUGAUUCUUCCGAGCCAACGCAAAGCUCGCUUUUGGCCAUCAACGCAAUUCUUGUAGAAGCACCACGGGUUUUUAUUGAUUUAGGAAUUAAUAAAGAAAUAGUUAGUAUUGUAUCUACUGGCAGCAGGAAUAAUCAGCCGUCAAUUGCAGAUAAUUCAAUUAUCGCAGCAGGUAAAAUUUUGCUUACAGAGCUUUAUCAUGAACCAAAUACAAUAAGUCGCCUUGUGGAAGCAUUGGUACAUGAUGUCCGUGAACCCGCUACCUUGGUUGGAGAGACAAAACGAUUGGCUUUGGUUGUCUUUCGAGUAGUUGGAAGAAAGUAUCCUCAGAACUAUUUAUCAACAAUCGAUUCUCAAACGGCCAAAACUUUUGUUGAUUUUCAUAAACGCGUUUUAUCCAAACUUGUAUCACAAGAACGACAGAGAAUAGAACAAUUACAAUCGGCCAAUGCCGAACAGGAUUACUCGUAA